CCGGAGGUUUUGCUGUACAUAUAUAAACCAGCUGGAUGCUCCGAAAACCAUCAGUGACUUUCAACCAAGGGAUCGUGAACGGAGGCUUCAAACAUGACUUACAGAUUUCUCGCCCUAUUCGCAGUUUUGAGCAUUGCCACCGCUGGGAUUGUUCCGGUGCAGGAGGUGCACACUUCAUACCAUGAACCGCUUACUUCUUACCACCAUCCCCAACCGGCAAUAGUUAAAACCAUCGCCCAUCAGCCUACACUCGUAAAAACCAUCGCCCAACCAACAUUAGUUAAACAAGUCGAAUAUCACGAUGACCACAAUGUACAGUACGACUUUUCCUACGGGGUUCACGAUGAGCACACCGGCGACAUCAAGGAACAACAUGAGUCUCGCCAAGGAGAUCAAGUCCAUGGCCAAUACAGUCUGAUCGAUUCCGACGGUCACAAGCGAACCGUUCAGUAUACAGCCGAUGACCAUAACGGUUUCAACGCCGUGGUGCACCGUGAGCCAUCCGAUAUUCGGAUCCCACAACCGGUGCAUAAGGUAGCCAUUGCUCAGCCAAUUACUAAAGUGAUUGCCGCCCAACCGACAUACAUUGCCUCAGCUGGUUCCUACCAUGCCGCUGCUCCCUCUACUGUGAUUAAAACUACUGGACUGUCGCACUACUGAGUGGGGUAAUAUUUGCCUCCAUGUUAAGUUAAUAUUACGAACUUGAUCAUCGUUAGUAAUAAGUUAAUUAAUAAACCUUCAAAUGACA